CCACACACAGAGACGUCAUUACUUCUUGGAUCUUCUUGACGAGCGGAAGCUACUUUUGCCCGUGUGAACUACGAUUGUUGUGCGUUAAACAAAGCAGCUAGAGCAAGAGAGAGAUGGCACGUACCAAGCAGACCGCCCGUAAGUCGACCGGAGGAAAGGCUCCGCGCAAGCAGCUGGCCACCAAGGCCGCCCGUAAGAGCGCCCCGUCCACCGGUGGCGUGAAGAAGCCGCAUCGCUACCGUCCCGGUACGGUCGCGCUGCGUGAAAUCCGUCGGUACCAGAAGUCGACGGAGCUGCUGAUCCGCAAGCUGCCGUUCCAGCGGCUGGUGCGUGAGAUUGCGCAAGAUUUCAAGACCGAUCUGCGCUUCCAGUCGGCCGCCAUCGGCGCCCUUCAGGAGGCCAGCGAAGCUUACUUGGUCGGUCUGUUCGAGGACACCAACUUGUGCGCGAUCCACGCCAAGCGUGUCACCAUUAUGCCGAAGGACAUUCAGCUGGCACGCCGCAUCCGCGGCGAACGUGCUUAAGAAGCAUAUUGGAUUAGUAAUAAAAUUUUCUUAAAACACUAUAUUAUAAUUUUAAACAAAAUGAUGCAACUACCAUAUGCGUACAAUGCGCGAUGGAGGAGAGGGAGAAGGAGGAGAGCAAAGCAGAACUUUGAUAAACAUUGAACACAAACUUUGAUGAACCAGAACUUUGAUAAAAACACAUAACAUUGAAAAAUAAAACAUGAAAAAAAAUGAAAUCAGCAAAACGAAAAACGAUCGUUAGAUCGAUUUGGCGCUGCAUAUUUUCCAACAUGAUUCGAUCUCCCAAAUCAGCUUGAAAUGGGCAGCAAACGAAAGAGUUGCGAUGGGUAGGUGAUGCGAUUGCACGUAUAUGUGGCGCACAGGCUCCGUCUGUCGCCAAUUGAUUGAUUGGAUUGAUUGAACCGUACAUUCAUAAGUAUUUGGAAAAAUAAAUAGGUCAACGUUCGAUGUUGCAAAUUACAAUAACAUACGAUUAUCGAUAAUAUUAAUGCAAACAGCAAAAAAAAAAAA